GCCCGAGGUCGCUGGUCACGCGUCGAGGGUGUGGCCUGCUCCCGGCGAAGGUGGGCCCUGCGGGGGCUGCUGCAGAGUCCUUUGGAGCUGGCAGGUGGGAAGAUGCUGAGGCGAAGUCUCCUCACCUGGGUGCUGCUGGCCGUGGCUGCCACCGGCGCCCAGGUGCAUCAAGUGCCGCCGUGGACAGAGGAUUGCAGAAAAUCAACUUACCCUCCUUCUGGACUAACUUAUAGAGGACCAGUUCCAUGGUACACCAUAGAUCUUGAUUUACCACCCUACAAAAGAUGGCAUGAAUUAAUGGCUCAAAAGGCACCAAUGGUGAAGAUUAUAAUAAAUUCAGUGAUGAAUUUAGUAAACACAUUUGUGCCAAGUGGAAAAAUAAUGCAAUACGUGGAUCAAAAGUUGCCUGGUGUGUUGGGCAACAUUCCUGGCCCUUUUGAAGAGGAAAUGAAGGGAAUUGCAGAUGUUACUGGGAUUCCUUUAGGGGAGAUUAUUUCAUUCAACAUUUUCUAUGAAUUGUUUACCAUGUGUACAUCAAUAAUAACUGAAGAUGAAAAAGGCCACUUACUACAUGGAAGAAACAUGGAUUUUGGAUUAUUUCUCGGGUGGAAUAUAAAUAACAACACUUGGGUUAUUACAGAAGAAUUAAAGCCUUUAACAGUGAAUUUGGAUUUCAAAAGAAACAAAAAGACUGUUUUCAAGGCUACAGGCUUUGCUGGAUAUGUGGGCAUAUUGACAGGAUUCAAACCAGGACUGUUUAGUCUUACACUAAAUGAACGUUUCAGUAUAAAUGGUGGUUAUAUGGGUAUCCUAGAAUGGAUUUUGGGAAAGAAAGAUGCCCAGUGGGUAGGGUUUAUCACCAGAUCAGUUCUGGAAAAUAGUACAAGUUAUGAAGAAGCCAAGAAUACACUGGUCAAGACCAAGAUAAUGGCCCCAGCAUAUUUUAUCCUGGGAGGCAACCAGUCUGGGGAAGGUUGUGUGAUUACACGAGAAAGAAAACAGGCUUUGGAUGUAUAUGAACUUGAUCCUAAGCAUGGCAGAUGGUAUGUGGUCCAAACCAAUUACGACCGGUGGAAAAACACCUUGUUCAUUGAUGACCGCAGAACACCUGCAAAGAUGUGUCUAAAUCGCACAACACAGAAGAAUCUCUCGUUUGCAACCAUCUAUGAUGUCUUAUCAACAAAACCUGUCCUCAACAAGCUGACUGUAUUCACAACCUUGAUUGAUGUUGCCAAAGAUCACUUUGAAAGUUACCUGCGGGACUGCCCAGACCCUUGUAUAGGCUGGUGAGCACACAUCAGCAAGCCUGUAUGACAUGCCGAGACCUGAAGUCUGAUCUCCUUCCAGAGGCUAAGACUCAAGGCCUGUUGUCUGUUAGUCAUGAGAUUGUCCUCAGUGUGUUUACAGUUUAGAGACUGUUUUUGUUAUCAUUACUUCAAUUUACAGGUAAAUUCUUCAAGGAAUGCAAUGUCAUGUAGAAUUUGCCAGUUCAUUUCACUUUGACGUUGGGGAAGGGUAACCCUGACCUCUAUGGAAUACAUCAAUGUUCUUUGCUGGUAUUUAAUCCAGUGUCCUGUGUGAUUAAUGCAAAAGUUCAUUCACCUUUUUAAAAUCUACAUAUUUAUGUUUCUCUGUACACCAGUAUUUUUCUCCUGGUUCUCUCUUAGAUUCAGCAUGUCAUUCACCUUCACUGUUAGUGACAGCAAUGCAAUAUCGCUGUGCUUGGCUGGAGUUUGUGAGAUGACAUUUGAUGCUUAUUUUAAUGGGCAAUAAAUAGACCUCUGAGUCCAGAAAUAGCAUUUUGGAGGGUUAAAAAUAAUGAUCAUAUAACAUGUUUUUUUUAAAAAAAAGUAUUCUCAUUUUCCUAAUUAUUCUACCUGCUAGUAACCCCAGGAAGUUGCUAGCUUUAGAAACUUGAGUUCAAGAACUCAGCACAAACUCGUUAUUUUAAACUCUUGUAUGUAUAAUCAAUUUAAUAAGUUUUUUCAUUAUCCCUUCUAACCAACAUAUUUUUUAGCUUUUCAUACAAUACAGUUAUUAACAAUAUUUUUCAGAAAUCAAUAUUUAUGAAAAUACUAACAGAAUUUAUUCAUCUUUCUAACUUUUACAAUUGACAGUGAAAUGUAUUUUAUGGCAGACUGUAUCCAUUUAGUUAUGUACAAUCUCAGGUGUAUCAUGCUCAAUAAACAGUCACUGUCAGUCA